AUGGUCAUAGAACCAUCCAACUGUACAUUUGAAAUAUUCAUGCGACGGCGCAAAGAGAUCGUGUCGUACAACGGCGGCGACCAGGGGUUCUUGAAUGAGGUGUUUGUGUGGUGGCACAGGUUGCCGAGGAGGGUGAAUUUUUUGAAGAACUUUUGGUCGAAUGGGUCAGUGGAGGCGGGUGUGAAGAACCAGCUAUUCGGGUCGGAUCCUCCGAAGCUGUAUGCGAUACAUUACCUGGGGUUAAAGCCGUGGCUGUGUUACAGGGACUAUGACUGUAAUUGGGACAUUGCUGAUCAGAGAGUGUAUGCUAGCGACAUCGCACACCACAGAUGGUGGAUUUUUUUCGACGCCAUGGAUAACAACUUGCAGAAGCUUUGUGGCUUGUCCGACCAAAGAAAGAUUGAGUUGGAAUGGGAUAGGAAGCUCGCUAGGAAAGUUGGUUUUCCUUAUCGUCAUUGUUGGAUUAAUGUCACUGAUCCACGACGGUUCAACUGA